AUGACUGCUCCAAAAGUUCCAUACAGAUCCUGGCAAGAUUGGGUCCAAAUGUACCGCGGGUUUUUCCCAGGCAAGCCAAAAUUUACCGAAGAUCAAUACCCUAGCUUUGAAGGAAAAGUUAUUAUUGUCACUGGUGGUAAUACUGGUGUUGGUUAUGAAACCGUGAAAUCAUUAGCUGGAUCAACCAAGGCUAAGUUAUAUGUGCUUUCGAGAAACGAAGAAAAGACCCUUGAAGCCAUCAAACAAAUACAGUUGGAAGUUGCCAAGGAAUAUAAGGUCUCCAACACAGAUAUCAACUUUAUCAAAGUGGACUUGAGUGAUUUGGAUACAAUUAAACCUGCAGCUGAAAAAUUCUUAUCCCAGGAAUCCAGAUUAGAUCUUAUUAUUCAUAAUGCAGGUGUCAUGAUGCCUCCUUUAGGUUCCAAGACUAAGCAAGGAUAUGAAUUACAGUUUGGUACCAACAUUAUUGGUCCACACCUUCUUCAACGUCUUUUAGAUCCUGUUUUUAUCAAAACUGCAAAAACUAAUGCUCCAGGUGAAUCUCGUAUUGUAUGGGUUUCUUCAGUAGCACAUCAGUUAUCACCUUUAGGUGGUUUCUACUGGGAUGAUGUGAAUUUUGAAAAGACAAAUGCUGCCCCCAGUGUGAUUUAUGGACAAAGUAAGGCUGGUGCUAUUAUGCAGGCAAGAACAUGGACUCGUAAACAUAACACUGGUUCACAAAUCAUUAGUGCUUCUGUAUGUCCUGGCUUCUUAAACACUGACUUACAAAGAUAUGCUACAUCUUUUGAAAAGGUGCUUUACAAUUUGUUUUUUCAUCCAAGGAGAAUGGGUGCUUAUACCGAAUUAUAUGCUGCCUUUUCCCCUGAUGUCAAGGAUGGUACUCAUAAUAUUUCCUUUGGAGCCCCAGGUCGUGCAAGAAAAGAUCUUGUUCAGGAUGAAGCUUGUGAUAAACUUUGGGAUUACCUUAAUGAAGCUACCAAUCCUUAUAUGUAA